AUGGCGAAGUCGCAGUUCUUUGUGUCUGUGCUGUUAACAUGCUUCGCGCAGCGAGCUUUGGCUCAGUUUGUGUCACCUCCUACUAACUUAACGAAUGCCACCGGCUAUGCUGGGAUACCGGUGCGCUACAAGCAGGUGCCUGCUGGUAUCUGUGAGCAGCGAGAAGAUGUCAAAAGCUAUUCUGGAUAUGCCGACGUUGCGGAGGACCAGCAUAUCUUCUGGUGGUUCUUCGAGGCGAGGAACAUGAAUGCUUCGGAGGCGCCUUUCGGACCUGGAUCGUCGAGCAUGAUCGGUUUGUUCCAGGAGCUGGGACCGUGUAACGUCAAUAGUUCGGGCGACGUCGUUGACAAUCCGUAUAGCUGGUCCAAUUCGUCGAACAUGCUUUUUAUCGACCAGCCUACCACGACCGGAUUCAGCUACAGCAAGGCCGUUCCAGCAUAUCUGGGAGCCGAAAACUUUGCAAUCGACUCGUCCGGAAACUAUGUAAUCACGCUUCCAAACAAUACUUGUCCGGAUUAUGCCCAGAACGGCGACGACGAGACGGUCGCUUCGUCCUGCGGAACAUACUCCUUGCCCGACGUCACGCUCACGGCGAACACGACGCUCAACGCGGCAGACAAUUUCUGGAAGACCUUGCAGGGAUUCAUGGGCGCGUUCCCGCAGUACUCGCGCGAUGGCUUCAUAUUCACGACCGAAUCGUAUGGAGGUCACUAUGCUCCUAUCUUCAACCAAUACUUCUUGGAGCAAAACGAAAAGGACAUAUCGGGUGCACAUAAGAUCAAUCUGACGCAUGUUAUGAUAGGAAAUGGCUGGUACGACCCUCUCAUCCAAUACCAAGCAUUCUACAACUUCUCUGUAUACCCCGGAAACACCUACGACUAUUCACCCUACAACGAAUCCACCAAAGCCAUGAUCUACAACAGUCUCUACGGUCCUGGCAACUGCUACGAUCAGACAGUCAUGUGCCAAAAUUACAGCCUUGAUACGGGCAACGCCGUCUGCCACAUCGCCGACGCAUUCUGCGCUGCGACGGUGGAGAACAUCUUCGACAUUGAGACCAAUCGUGACGAGUAUGACAUUCGGUAUAUCAGUCCCAACCCCUUCCCACCGAGUUACUAUGAGGACUAUCUCAAUACGGAAGAGGUGCUGGAAGCAAUUGGCGCGUUCGUCAACUUCACAUCUUCCAGCAACGUCGUAGGCCUUGCCUUCGACAACACAGGCGAUGAUGACCGCGAGAGCGGAACCGUGGAGGCGAUGAGAGCCAUCUUGGACGCUGGCGUCAGUGUCACGAUGUACUUCGGCGAUGCAGACUACAACUGUAACUGGUUGGGUGGCCAGGUUGUCGCGGAGCAUGUUAACGCCACUGACUUCGAGAACGCCGGCUUUGCCAACAUCACCACCUCGGACAGCGUAGUCCAUGGUCAAGUCAAACAGGCGGGUAACUUUGCGUUCGUGCGUAUCUACGACUCUGGGCAUCUCGUGCCGUUCUUCCAACCGCUGCUUGCGUUGGAAAUGUUCACCCGGGUGAUCAACAAUCUGGACAUUGCUUCUGGCACGUCUACGAUCAACUCGAGCUACCUCACCAAAGGAACACAAUACAGCACGUUCAGAGAGGGCAACAGCACCGUCCAGCUGGAAGUGGUGGGCGAGGACGAUGUUGUGGUGUAUGACCAUGAAACCAAUCUGCCGGUGUUCUUGAACGGCAGUAGCGCGAACACCGGGCCAGGGUCGAACAGCAGCUCGGCGCUGCGGGUGCGGAGCAGUACUGAGUACGAGGAGAAGAUGAGGAAGCGGGAGAAGGCGAGGGCGAAGCAGCGGAAGAGAGCGUCCCGUCCUGCAUGGCGACCUGGGAACAAUAAGAACAAGCGGAGUGCGAUGCCUCUGGGAGGAAUGAGGAUGCCGCACUACUAG